CUCCGGUUAGUAGAGGCGGCUAAGCCUCCAACGUUGACAGCUUAUUAUUUUGUUGCACUUUUGUGCGUGCCUUCGAGUCCUAUCCGGCUAUAAAUUCAUUACCCAACAACCAACGACAGACAAUCCUCUCACCCAAGCCAGCCACAGAGGAGAAGCGAGAGGGGUAAGAUGGCGGUUGACUAUGGGAGCAGGGAGGAGAGGUGGAGCCUGGCCGGCACCACCGCGCUCGUCACCGGCGGUAGCAAAGGGAUAGGGCAUGCCAUCGUGGAGGAGCUUGCUGGGUUUGGGGCGAGGGUGCACACCUGCUCCCGGAAUGGGGCGGAGCUAGAGGAGUGCCGUCGACGGUGGGAGGAGAAGAACCUGCAGGUCACCGUCUCCGUCUGUGAUGUUUCCAUACGUGCCGACAGGGAGAAGCUUAUGGAAACAGUCCGAGAAACUUUCAAUAGCAAGCUUGACAUACUGGUGAACAAUGCAGGGCAAUUGCUCUUCAAGCCCACUACUGAAUGUACAGUGGAGGAAUACUCAAAUCUGCUGACCACCAACUUGGAGUCGAGCUUCCAUCUCAGCCAGCUCGCACACCCUCUUCUCAUACACGCUUCUAUUGCCGGAGGAGGCAGCAUCAUCAACAUGUCCUCCAUUGGAGGCUCAAUCGGCUAUGCAGGCUCCGCAAUUUAUGCUACCACAAAAGGUGCAAUGAACCAACUUACAAGGAGUUUGGCCACCGAGUGGGCCUCUGACAAGAUUCGUGUGAAUGGCAUCGCCCCAGGAUUUGUCACAACCGACAUGCUUAAAGAUAUAGAUACAGAGUACGUGAAGCAAGAGCACUCGAAGACCCCAUUGGGACGGAGCGGCACGCCGGUGGAGAUAGCCUCGGCAGUGUCAUUUUUGUGUAUGCCGGCAGCUUCUUUCAUCACCGGCCAGAUCAUUUGCAUCGAUGGUGGUCGAACCAUUAGUGCUUAGCCAUCACCACCGCUCCAUAAGUUAUUGAAUAUUUGGCGAAUACCACCGUGGGAGAGUGAAAUAAUAAUAAAUAUAAAUCAAUAAAUAAA